CAUCAGUCAGUUUGCAGAUAGAAAACCCAGCGACAGCGUGCGAUGGCAGAGACGGUGGAUAAAAAAGAGAAAAGAAUAGAAAACAAAGAAAAAACGAAAGACUCCCGUGUUCUCGUGUCCCGAGAAAAAUGUGUCUCGAAGAUCGAAAGUUCUAGAAGAACGUAAAUUACAUAAAUAUACUCUGGCGCUACGUCAUUUGAAAGGAACAAGAAAACGAAAAAAAAAGACAAUAAAAUGGAAACAGAGAUAAGUUCCAGUUAAGAAUAGAAAAAGAGGAAGAAUAAAAAAACAGAAAAUAAACAUUAAUUAAUCCAUUUAUCUGAAAACGAGAGACAUGAAUAUCACAGAAAAACUAAAUCCUAACCUCGCCAAAACGAGACGCGAGAAUGUGUUUACGUGGAAGCCAAACAACUCCCUGAAACCUUUUAAAAACAAAGCAAUUGAUGCACGAUUUCCUCACCAAGCUCCUCCCCUAUGCCCCGCCUCCAUGUUCCUUAGAGACCACGCCCAUUUCCAUGCAACAAGCCACGCCUAUAUAACGAAACUGAUAAUACUUGUUAUAAUGACGUGUUUGACCAAGUCUGCGCAUAGUUCGAUCAUACCAAACAUCGUGGAAUACGGGAGAUGUGUUUCACUCGAACUACCACAGAACUUCAGCAUAGCAAGGUUCAGUGGAGUGUGGUACCAGGUGGAGGAGAUCCCCAAUACGUAUGUGGAUGUGAAGCAGUGUAUCCGCACCAUCUACCAGUGGGAUGGAUCGGUUCUACACGUGCUAACAGAAGGGCUGGACGAGUAUGGUGAGCAAGCUGAGCAGGAAACAACCAUCAGUAUGGUGAUGCCUGGUAACUACAGCGAGGACAAACCAUACCUGCAGAUCAAGUCGGAUAAAGUUCCUCCAGUUCCUUACCACAUCAUCGACGUAGACUACGACGCCUUCGCUUGCGCCUACUCCUGCUUCGACUUCUUGGGCCUCAAAGCAGAAAUCUACUCCAUUUUGUCUCGAAGUCCCGAAGCUUCGAACGCGACGCUGUCCACGUGCCGGGAUUCGUUCGAAGCGCUCGGACUGAGUCUCGAGAAGAUGGUGUCCGUAGAGCAAGGAGAGCAGUGUUGGUAUAGCGAGGUAGGUGCGAAUGCAUCGUCGACGUUAUCUCCCUUUUUCGUAACCGAAGACGAAGCCGAAGAUGACGAAGAAGGAUUCGAAAGAGGCUUGGAAGACGCCCUACUUUCCGUGGCGGAGGAGGUGGCCGGAGCGGUUGAGAGGAUGGAGGAGGUGUUCGGGACGGCGGAAGAAUAUCACAAGACGACCAUCAUACCAACAGAGAAUAAAAAAACAGAAAAUAAUGCAACAAUGAAACGACCAAAGAAGAAACACAGGAAAAAGGGCGGGACAAGAGGAAAAAGUGACCCUAUGUCGCCCGUUGUCUCGUCUACGCCAUCUUUUGUUAUCCCAGGUGGCUCUCGAGACUCCAAAAGCUCCAGCUCCAACUCUCCUGAAGAAGAGACAGCCUUCGAGAGCGGAAGGCAUGCAGGCGGCGCUGCGACCUCGACUGCAACACCCGGAUUUAUCGCCGCGCUCCAGCUGGUUGCCUUAUACGUUCGAGUGGUGUUAAGAUAGGGUUAUGUAGUGGAUAAGUUUGUUUAUAGGAUGCCUGUAGGGCUUGGAUUUGUUAUUUAUGUUAUGUAUUGGAAAUUAUAUUUUUAUUAGGUUUAGUGAAUGUAUUUCAGUGACUAUUGUGUGUGUGUGUGUGUGUGUGUGUGUGUGAAUGUACAUGUAGUAAAUGUGUGCGUGCAUGUAAAUAUAUAGAAUAAUAAAUAGAUAAAUAAGUGGAUACAUACAUAAAUGAAUUAGAGGAUAAAUAAACAAACAUAUGAAUAGACACACGCACAUACGUACACACCACACACACACACACAUAUAUAUGUGUAUGUGCGCGCGCAUGUGUGUCAGUGUAACUCAAUUAAUUGCACUGCAAGUUGAUUUACAUUCAACAAUUAUUCCCUAAGUUUACAGAUAUGAGUGUUCCAAGAAUGAAGAAAAGAGAAAAAAAAGAAAGAAAAUAUAUGAGUUCGUUAUGAUUCAGUUGACUUUAAUUGUCUUUGAAUAUUCAUGAUAUCUAAAACUAUCAAGUAGGCCUAUUGAAUAUUUAUCAUUCACUGUACGGAAAAUAAAUAAAUAUGUGAUUAUAUAAAACAUUUGUGUGGCUAUUAUUUUCGCCAAAAAAUAUGACUUAACAUAAAUCUAGUCUGUC